CCCACAAGAUGUGAUACAAUACUUUUGUACGAGCUUAUUUCAUGCAAAAGAGAAAUAACUAUUUAGAGAAAAUGAAUACACUUUUCUGCUGCCAUCACAUUUACACAACUGUUUUGUCUAUGAAGUUAUCUGAAACUUUGUCUCAUCAGAACAUAGAAAUGCUUCAUGUAGAGCACGACUACCAGAUGAUGAGGAUGACACGGUGUGUUUCCAUGUUGUCUUAAUUUAUUCACCUGACUCAUGUUUUGUCGAUCAAGAGAUAAAGGAUUCAAUUUUUUGUUAAUCAAUGAAAUGAAUAGUCACUUUUGAAGGCACUGACCCAAGGAAAGAAGAAUUAAUGUUUUCAGCAUUUAUUUAUGUCCAGGUUACAAACAUUGUAAAAAGAACCGAUGCAAAAAUCACUUCACUGUGCAACACUUUCCCCAAAGAUCGCAGAAAAAGUAGAUGUUAAGGAUAUGUUGGUUGAAGGCUACCUGUAGUUAUGUGAUUGUUGUAGAUUUAUUUUAACAUUCAGCCAUACUGAGUGUGUUGUAUUGAUUUGUUGUAACAAAGGCUUUGAAUCUGUUAAGAGACAUAGCCUUUUUACAAAAGUUGACACAAUUUCAAUGAAAUAACUGUGACAUGCUUUGGUCAAAACAUACAAACCCCUCUUUCGAUUGCUUUCAGCUGUAGUUCAGUCAUACUGAUUCCUCUUUAAGGCACAGUCUUGUCACAAAUAAUAAUUUAACUGGUCUAGGAUGAAAAAAACACUACAUAGCAGAUGGGAAUGCUGAAGCAAGCCAAUGGCUUGAGUAGUUAGUCAUGAUCUCCUUCACAUAUUGACUCAAUAAACCCAGAGCAUCCUGUCAAUCCAUUCCUGUGUUUUACAUUUUCAAAUGCCAACAUUAGGUAUACAAUUUAAGUUGUAUGAAAUUAAAAAUGAGUAAAGUAAGAGUUUGGACUUCAUACUUCCGAGAUACAUUUAAUGUGACAUGAUUUAAAGUUGCAGGUGGAGAUACAGAUGGUGAAGUUGGAUAUUUCUAGUCUGAGCUAGGUCUGUGAUUUAACAGUUAAGGCAUAUUUUCAAUCUCACAGGUGGCCCCAUUCAAACUGACAGUGUUGUGUUGAGUCAAUAGUCAUUUCAAACACCAAAUAUAGGCUAAAGGACCAGGAUUUUUUUUUCUUAAACAUAAUAUGUCUCCUUUAAAAGCUUGUGAUGAUUAAAUUGUUCCCUGUUCAAUAAUAUAUCUUAACAGCACAUUUUUUUGACGGUACUCUGUAUGCCCUGUCAUAUCUUUAAAGGUAAGAGAAUAUGUAUCUGACUUAUUAAUAUAGAAAUAAAUAAUAAUAAUAGUAGUAACAAAAUACCCAGGUGACUGAAUGAGGGCCAGAAAACAUGAACUUCCACUUUCUGUAUAAUAUGAAUAUAUUUUUAUAGUGUGUGCUGACACAUCAGAAAUAUUUGUAAUGCAAAAAGCAAAUUGGACAAAUGUCUCUAUUUUUAACAUAUGCUUUAAACUUUAUUGGCUCUUGUUUUCAUUGACAAGCUGGUACCUCCUUGACAAGUGUCACUUCUGAAUGUAUUUUCUAUGGACUGAAUGUAAUGUAAUGAGGCCCAAUAAAAGAUUAAAUUAAGUUCCAUUUUCUGCUGUUUGGUGACAGAAAAAUAUAUACUGUACGUAAACACUAUAGGGUUGUCUACUCUUAAAAUUAUCAAGCUAUGCAACAAGUAACACCUAAUUCUUUGAUAUGUAAAAGAACCUGGCCUAUUUUACAUGUUACCGCCUGUCAUCUAUUUAAUAAUUCAUUGAUAUUUCUGUAUUAUAAUAAUUCAGUCAUUUUGAACGAAUCAAAGGAGAAGCAAAUAAACUUUCAUUUGUCACAAGGUUUCAGUUUGAUGGCUGAUAGCAUUUUUUUUGUUGUUGUAACAUUUAUUCUGUCCAAAUUAGACGUAAAAACAUUCAGAAGCUUUAUUUUAACUGAAAACAUCUCCUAUAACAGAUUGAUGUUAUAAGAUGUUAAAAUCAUUCCUCCAUGUUGACAUGUAAUACGUCUCAGAGUUGCUGAGAGGUCAAGACCUCUGAGUAACUGCAAAUGCAGUACUGAAAUCAUGAAGGGGAUGGACGUGUUGAGAAACCACCCUGUCAGCAGAGGUUCCUAACACACAGAGGAAACAGCUCAGAUGUGUCAUCACUCGUCUCUGGCCACGAUCAAGUCAGCAGCAGAGGACAGUGCGCUUGACAUUUCCAAGAAAAAAGUCAAAAUCAAAAUGGAAAUGGGAGACAAUUUCUACGAUGGUGAUUACAACUACACUGAUGAAACCACUAUCGCUCUAAAAGACGACUUCGUUUUUCAGCACCAAUCCUCUUCCCAAUGCUUCAAGCAAGUCAUUUGUGUGUCUUUGAUGGUAAUCAACCUAAUCAUUUUCCUGCUGGGUUUCUGUGGAAAUGCUUUGGUCAUCUGGAUCUCUGGCUUCAAGAUGAAGAGGACGGUCAACACCACGUGGUACCUGAGCCUUGCCAUCUCUGACUGCGUCUUCUGUGCUUUCCUGCCUUUCAACAUAACCCAGACGGUGAUGGAGGACUGGGUCUUUGGAUACUUCAUGUGCAAGUUUGUCUCUUUUGUAAUGUUCCUCAACAUGUUCAGCAGCAUCUUCCUCCUUGUUGUCAUCAGUGUUGACCGCUGUGUGUCGGUCAUGUUUCCGGUUUGGGCCCAAAACCAGCGCACCAUUCAAAAGGCAUCAGUUGUGGUUGUACUGGUUUGGCUUCUAGCCAUUGGACUGAGCAUUCCCUCAAUGAUUUUUCGGGACGUUAAUGAUCAUAUGGGUAGGACCUUUUGUUUCAACAAGUACACGUUAUACCCACAUAGUCACAAGAUUGUUGCACUGAUCCGCUUCCUUGCAGGCUUUGUCGUCCCUUUCCUGAUCAUUAUCAUCUGCUACUCCAUCAUAAUCUCUAAACUUCGAAGCAACAGGUUAACAAAAUCCACAAAACCCUUCAAAGUGAUGACUGCACUCAUCGCUGCUUUCUUCAUCUGCUGGCUGCCCUACCAUGUGUUCAUACUGCUUGAGCUGAACCACGAAAACUAUGACCAUAGCAUUUUGACCACUGGGCUCAAAGUAGGCACGUCUUUAGCAGCAGCAAACAGUUUCCUGAACCCUGUGUUGUACGUUUUCAUGGGCAAGGAUUUCAAGCAGAAGUUCAAGAGCUCUCUGUUCUCAAAGAUGGAGAAUGCAAUGGCAGAGGAAGGCCGCACUAUCAGCCGAUACCUGUCCAGGUCCAGCUCCGUGGACGGCAGAGCUUCCACCCACAUUUAGGGUCUCGACGUGAAUCUCAAAACUGUUUCAUUUCGUGUGGUAAUAGGCCACCAAAAAUACACUUUUAAAAUGUGAAUUUACAGAUGAUUUAUAUGUCAUUUUUCCCAAAAACGCAUUCCGUGAAUCUAAAAUCUAAUUCAUUUUCAAAUAUAAUUGCAACUCAAUUGCAUCUCCAUGUUGCAAUGGAGGUUCGGUUGUUAUCCAGUUCAUUCAGUUUGCAGGUAAUUGUUUAUGGAAAUUUGCCGUUCCUUUUAACUGCUGUACAUAGAAGUCUUUUAGUUGAAAAAUAUUUAGUUUGUAAAAUAUGAGCUAUAUUUUGUGAUAGUGAACAUGAAAUGAUAAAUGGAUUUUCAUCAUAUUGUCUGAAAAUGCAGACUCAACACAAUGACUGUAUUCAUGAGCAGAAACGGUGGAAAGCAUUACAUUCCUCAUAUGUUCACUGAUUGUUAAUAGAUACAUUUAUGAAUCCACUGUGGUCUUUAAAUGCAAUCAUUUUUUUUUUCAUUUAUGAAAUAUUGAAGAGAGAAGAAACAUAUAUAAGCAGAUAUGUUCCUCAGUUGGAUUAAAUUGUUCAUUUUUGCCUCAAAGUUCUCAGACCUGUUUAAAGUAAGCAACACAUUUACUGCCAGUCAGUUUCUUUGUGCUUUGAUCCACUUUUUAACAGUAAUUUGUUGAGCUGAUGAAGAAACUUCAUAGAAACUUUGUACUAAUAUAGUUAUGUUAUUAGUGAUUAACAAAAAACAAACUGGUGAAUGGACCUGUACAUAUGUAAUUUUAUGUAUGAAUGUGUGAAAUAAAUUAA